CAAACGUUUGCAGGUGGCUUGAGUCAAGCCAUCCUCAGGUACAAUGGCACGCCCGCUGAAGAUCUUAUGAGCACUCCUGGACCUUACAUCUUGCCAUUUAACGAAGGGAAGCUUGCUUCUUUGCUCAGUAUCCCUGUCUCCGGUUUCCCCGAGGUUGGCAAAGCAGACGUCCACAUCAACUUACUUGCCACCACUGUGAAUGGUAUCUUAAAGGUCAACAAUGUUACGUACCACAACCCUCCGACGCCGGUCCUGUUGCAAAUGCUCAGUGGAGCGCAGCAUCCCUCAGAUUUAUUGCCGGGCGGAAGCGUAUACGAGCUUCCCUCAAAUAAAGUAGUGGAAAUCGCCUUGCCCAACACAGGUUUACUUUUUGGAGGUCCAGUAAGGCCCCAAACUUCGGGAAACAGCACCACAAACUUCGUCAACCCAAUCUGGAGAGACACAGUAAGUAUGGGAUCGACAGGGGACAACGUUACAAUACGUUUCGUCACGGACAAUUCUGGACCGUGGUUUAUUCAUUACCACAUCGACUUCCAUCUGAACCACGGCUUUGCGGUGGUCAUGGCCGAAGCUCUGAAUCAACAUCCCAACCUCAAUGCGAGCAUUCCAGGUAUAGGUGCCGCGCUAGUUAUCCCCAGCACACUAAACCAAACUUUGUAG